UAGGUUGCGAGUAGUAGUAGUUUGUAUACUUUAUCAAUGUUACUUUAUUUUUUAUGAAGAAAAAUGUACAAUCUAUAUUUAUUUAACACAAAAAGUAAAUAAGAUCAUAGUACAAUUAACAGUAUACAUAAUAAAUGAUACAUAAUACAUGAUAAGAAAUCCAUGCUUUAGAUGUGUAUUGUUUUGAGCUUGUUAAUUUCAUCAAACUUAAUCAUGUAGACUUCAAUAUUUGUUUCACAUUAAGAUGUAUUAUGUAUAGUAUAAUUUCUAAUAUUUAUUUUUUUAAGUAUAUGUAUCAUAAUUAACUUAACCAUAAGGGACUUUUAAAGACUUUUGACUGAUCCAAUAUAAUGAAUACUGGAAAGGUUAUUUUGUUACUAAUUAGAUUGUGUGAUUUGAUUAUGUGUUAACACAAAAACAAAAUUGUAUGAUUUGGGAAUAAGGGUACUGUGGACACCAUGUAUAAGAGAGCUCAAAGUAUAGAUUUUUCAGAUGUACUAUUAUUAUAGGUACUGAGUUUCCAAGAAUCAUCACACUAGAGUUAUUGAACAUUAUUAUUAUAUUUAGAAGUUUUUAUAUCAUAACAAUAUAUUAUGAAGAUGUGUUUAUUUAAAUAUAGAGUGGAUUCCAUCUAAUGUGGGCACCGGUUAAUAUGAGCAUUCGCUUAAUAUGGGCAAAAUCGCAAAAUGAUCUGAUCCCAAUACAAAUGUACAUUAACAAGGUUAAAAAAAAUCAUGUAAUGUGUGCAAUUUUUAUUUUAUCACAACAUUUUUAACGUAAGAAUAUACGAGUGAUAAGUACUUGUCCGAAAAAUAAUAGUGCUAGGGUAGGUAAUAUGCAUGUUUAUACGGUGGUUACCCAAUGAUCCACUUGAGCUGAUGUUGCUAGUAAGUCAAGGUAUAUUUUCGUUUUUCGUGUCCGAGCGAGCGAGUAGCGACGCCGGCAUCAUUGUAAUAACUUUUUAUUUCACAUUGGUGUCAUUAUUGGAUCACUGGUAACUGUGGUAUCAGAUGUGUUUUCGAUUUUCGACAGACGCGUGGUCUAACGCGCAAUACCCGCAUUUCAGUUUUAACGUGAUUUUUAAUGUGACAAUAUGUUUCGAAACGAUCUCUCACUGAAGGAAAAAAUCGCGAUUUUGGACAAAGUGCAAUUGUUACCUCUAGGCACUUCACUACGUAAAAUUGCUGAAGAAUUAUGCGUUCCGAAAUCAACGAUGACAAAACUGCUUAAAGACGAAGUCAUUUUACGCGAAAACUUCAAUUCAACUCAAACUAGUAAUCGAAAACGUGCACGGAAAGGGAAAUGUCCUGAAGUUGACGAGGCUUUAAGUGAAUGGUUUUCAUUGAUAACAAGUCGUGGUGAUCCCGUUUCUGGGCCAAUGUUGAAAUUAAAAGCCGAAGAAUUAUCCCAGAAAUUAGGUAACAAUCAGUUUAUUGCUUCUAAUGGUUGGUUAAGCAGGUGGAAAAAUAGACACGAAAUCAAAUUAAAACGUGUGCAUGAUGAAAAAGCAAGUGCUAAUGCAUCCACCUCUAAUGAUUGGAAAGUAAACAGGCUAAAAAUAAUUUUGAACGACUUUUCCCCAGAUAAUAUAUUUAAUGCAGAUGAAACUGGAUUGUAUUAUCGAGCGACACCUGACGGUUCUUUAUGUUUCAAAAAGGAAGUGCUAUCCGAUUCGAAAAAAGCAAUGGAUAGGAUUACAGUUUUAUUAUGUGUCAAUAUGACCGGGAGUGAUAAAAGAAAGUUGCUAGUAGUGGGGAAAAGCUUAAAACCUCGAUGCUUUAAAAAUAUGUCUAUAAAUAAAAUUCCAGUGCAUUAUCAUGCGAAUAAAAAUGCAUGGAUGACUUCAUCUAUAUUUUUAAACUGGCUGUGUGAAUGGGAUAAGGAAUUGCAAGCAAAAUCUAGGUCCAUACUUCUUCUAAUUGAUAACUGUGCUGCACAUCCAAAAAACGUUGAACUCAAAAACAUCACUUUAGAAUUCUUGUCACCAAAUACGACAUCCUUAAUCCAACCCUUAAAUAUGGGUAUUAUAAAAAACCUCAAGAUGAGGUAUAGAAUGAAGCUAGUUAAUUUUAUUCUAGAAAAGAUUGAAGAAAAACUAUUUGAUUCAUCUGCAACUGCUAGCCAAAUUAGUAGAAAAAUAAACAUAUUGCAAGCCAUACAGUUUAUAUCCGAAAGCUGGCGAGAAAUUAGUUGCACAACUAUUAUGAAUUGUUUCGCUUAUUGUGGAUUUUCUAAUCUUGUUGUUCCACAAUCUGAGUUUAUUGAAUUGAAUGAACAAUUUUUACUUAUUCAAAACCAUAAAGAGUUUGAAAACAUUGAUGAAAAUGCUCCUUGUUUUGAUAAUAAUGAAGACAUUUGUGAUGUUGUAGUAGAAAAUAUUCUUAAAAAAAGGAAGUUGAAAGAAGGAGAAGAAGAAGACGACUACGAUGGCGAUAUUGAACCACCAGUUACAACCAGAGAGGCUAAAAAAUGCAUUGAUUUGUUGCAGAAGUUCUUCAUGCAAGAGGGUAACGAAAAUAGUCCGUCUGAUAAACUUGAAGCGUGUGCCCACUUUGUCAACCAGAUUCACACUGAACAGCUUAGACAACAAACAAUUACAACGUUUUGUUUACCUUCAACAUCCAAAUAGUAAUUUUAUUUAGUUUUAUUUGUAUAGUAAUUAUUUAACAUUUUUUUUUAAUUGUAUGAUUCACGUGUAUAAUAACAACUUUUUUCGAUAUUAUAAUUUUUAUUUUUAUUUUUUAACUAUUUUUGGUUUUUAUGGGCAACUGCUUUAACGUACCCACAUUAAGCGGAAUCCACUGUAUUAUUUCAACUCUAAUCUAAGUAUUUAUGGUCUAAUAUUAUUUAAUCUUUACUUCCUGUUAACAUCAUAUGUUAGUGGUUUGUCUGUUGAGCAUUCAGUACACAAUAGUACAACAUAGUUUAAUUUCCUGUAUAAUAAAUUAGUUAAAUUUCGUAAUUUACAUGUAAAUAUGUAUAUUUUUAAGUAAUUUUUUACAUAAGUUUAUUUCCUAUACAAUUACCUGAAUAAUAUACAUGUCAUUUUGUGAAAUAAUCAAUUGAAUCUUAUAUUCAGUUUUUGUUAGAGAUAAAAUAAGAUUGAUUUCUUUAAUGGCAUAAAUAUUGGCCAGAGAAGAGAAAUUUCACAGGAAAUAAAAAUUAAUAUUAAAAUGCCAAAAAUGAAAUAUA